CCCAGAAGGCCUCUGUGCAGGCUCUGGGCCGGAUGCAGUCUAGGUCUGAGCUCUGCUGGUCCGAGCUGGGCUGGGGUCUCUGGCUUUGCAUUUAUGGAGGUCCCUAGCAAGGCAGUGAUUGUUCCCGGGAACGGAGGCGGGGAUGUGGCCACCCACGGCUGGUACGGGUGGGUGAGAAAGAGGCUGGAACAGAUUCCUGGUUUCCAGUGUUUGGCUAAAAACAUGCCUGACCCAAUUACAGCCCGAGAGAGCAUCUGGCUGCCCUUCAUGGAGACAGAGCUGCACUGUGAUGAGAAGACCAUCAUCGUAGGCCACAGCUCCGGGGCCAUCGCAGCCAUGAGGUACGCAGAGACACAUCAGGUAUAUGCCCUUGUAUUGGUGUCUGCGUAUACUUCAGACUUGGGGGAUGAAAACGAGCGUGCAAGUGGGUACUUCAGCCGCCCCUGGCAGUGGGAGAAGAUCAAGGCCAACUGCCCUCACAUUGUACAGUUUGGCUCCACUGAUGACCCCUUCCUUCCCUGGAAGGAACAACAAGAAGUGGCAGAUAGGCUGGAUGCCAAAUUGUACAAGUUCACCGACCGUGGUCACUUUCAGAACACAGAGUUUCAUGAACUGAUUAGUGUGGUGAAGUCUAUGCUCAAAGUAACAGAAUAGUCAGGAUGACGCCUGCCCUGUAACGUGCCAGGAUGGGGUAGAAGAGCAUCUGUUAUCCCAGUACUAGACAUGUAAUGUCUGGUUAAGUGCCUGAAAAACAAGCCUGUUUGAACACUCACACUAAGUUACUAGCAUCUUCAGUUCCCACAGAACUUGAAUCUUCUUGAAAAGCUGUAACUAUAGCACUAUUUUUUCCUUGUACUGAAAA